AUGAUUUUCGACGGUGAAGCUUCGGCUUUCUACUUUAAACUCGAUUUGCCUGGGAAACUUUUAGAUUCUUCAUCAGUUGUUCGUCGGUUAUUAUUUGUCAUUUUUUUUUUUUUUUUUUUUAGCGUGUUCAGUAUAUUUCUGGACGAUAACUUGGAUUCACCGGUGCUUCGUACUUUUAAAAAUCCCUCAGUACACUUCGUUAUUGCAAACCUGUUUUAUACAUUGAACAAUAAGAUUGAACUGAAAUGAAUACACUAAUGAUUUUGUCAAAAUGUCACGUUUCGUCCGUCGUUUAUUAAUUGCAUAAUGUUUUGUAAUACUGUUGAUCUUAAUGCCACUUUAUGAGUGUAAAUAUCAUGAGUAUUUUAAAUAUCAUUAAAGAUAAAUGCAAAAAUUUAUAUGGAAACACCAGAACGAAGAGUAAGAGUAAUUUAUAAGGAAUUAUCAACAAAUGAGUGGCUGUGAUGAAUAAAUUCUGUGCGCAUAGGAGAGUCCUGCUGUUUCGCUAUAAUUUUCACUUUCAAUCAGUAUGUAUUUCUUCAGCGAUCAGUUUGUUAAAGGUCGGGACAAGCAAUGGAUGGCAACGUUGCCGGAAGAGGAGAGGAUAGCGUGGAUCUGGUGCAUCAUAAUCGCGUUCGCGGUGCCAGAAUUCGGCACGUUAAUUCGCAGCAUCAGGAUAUGCAUCUUCAAGUCAUGGAAGAAACCACCGGUUUCUCACUUCCUUCUCGUCUUUCUCAUGGAGACAUUCCACGUGGCUGGCCUGGCUCUGAUGUUUAUGGCAGUGCUUCCUGAAUUGGACGUUGUUAAAGGCGCGAUGCUGACGAACUGCGUGUGCUUCGUACCUGGUUUACUA